GCAAAACGAUUGAAGCAAAGACUUUGAAAUUUGACAACCCACCAAGGAUAACUGCGCUACAUACAGCUGGAAGAUUAGUGGAACUUGCACCAUUUGCUACAUUCACGUUGUUAUUUUAAUAAAGCUACUAAAAAAUUAUAUAUUAUUUAAACAUUUAAUUUGUUUGCUUUCUUUGCAGCAAACAUAAAGUGUAUGAUUCAGGAAAAUGAUUGACUUAGAGUACUUACCGCGCCUGGAGUCUUUAUCGCCCGUUAAAGACUUGGAAGCUUAUCAUAUGACAAUAUUGGAGCCCGAUAAGAACCAAAUGGAACUACAAACACCUACAAACUCGAUUCAUGAAAAGGAAUGGCAAGAGAGAGGUAAUGGUAAGGAUGGUGAUUAUAGCAGGCAACAACGUGGCUUUCGCUACAUUUGUCAGUGUUUAUGAUACGCGGCAGUCACGAAGAGUCGAGUUGUUUACAAAACAUGGAUGUAAUGUUAAGCUCUUUGUUAAGAAAUAAUUAUUGUUGUAUUAUUAUUAUUAUUAUUAUUAUUAUUUUUAUACGAGAAGAAUUUGCUGUCUUAAGAGAAACUAUAAAGUAAUGUGUAUUCAAUAAAUUGUCAUAAAACACUUUAUAUAUUUAUUUAUAUUAAUUUAUAUUUAGUUAUGUUAAAAACAUAUUUUCCUAAAAAAAAUUAACGUUAAAAUUGUCUAAAAACGCUAACUAGUAAAUAAGAUCUAUUAUUACUAGCAUACAUUUUCAGCUCCUUCUUAUCUUAUGUUGAUAAAAAGCUCAAAAAAUACGCACAUGUGCUGAGCUCGCGAUAGCAGUUACUGAUAUUUUGGCUGUUUCCGAGACUACGAUCUACAAUAACAUACCAAGACCAAAGCAGGAAUUUAUUACCCCAAUUCUUUAACGAUUUUUUUUUUUUCAUUUUAGAAUGAAAAUUUAAAACUAGACAAAAAUUCGUGGAGCUUUAAUGCAAUCCGUUUGAAAAAGUUUUGUAUUCAGUGCCUACAUGGACUAUAAUUGAAAAUGUUAAAGAAUUUGAUUUCAACCAAUUGUAGUGAAUACUACAAAAAUAGUAUGUAGAGAAUGAAAGUAAUUGAGAUUUUUUGAAUAUUAUUUAAAAAUAUCCAUGUUUCGCUGUACACACCUACAAAUUAACGUUGUUUUAUUUUAUGAAUAAGCCGAUUUUAUGAAUAAUACCGUUACUUAGGAAUAUAAAUAAUUCCGUUUAUCGCAAAAUUUUUAUAUGCGCCAAUAUUAAUUUCAAUCUAAUAAUACCACAGUCUGAACUUGGCAAACAGGUUCUUAUCAGUGGGCUAUCGAUUAGGAUAUUUUAUACAAAAA